AAGCAUUUCAGGUGUUUUCUUUCGGUUUAUCAUCCGAUAGGUAAGCACAUUUGUUUCUCUUCUAUUCUGUUUCUUGUGGCAAAUGCAGCCGAACUUCUUCACUAAAUACUACGUCAUCAGUGGUGAUACUUCUAGUACUGCAAAGCAUCUCGUUGAUGAGGGCAACAGUAGUGCGGUUAAUGCAACCAGUGAUACUACUGCAGUUGAUGCAGAAGCAACAGCGGCAGUGGUUGAAAAAAUGACUUCCUACUCGCCAUUUCUAACACAAGCGCAGAAAGAUGAAUUGCGGCAAAUUGCUAAUCAAAUUGUAGCGCCUGGUAAAGGUAUUCUUGCUGCAGAUGAAAGCACUGGAAGUAUGGACAAAAAAUUGAAACCAAUUGGACUUGAAAAUGUUGAAGAAAAUCGACGUUUGUAUCGUCAGCUUCUAUUCACGGCUGGUGAUGAAAUGAGUAAAUACAUUUCUGGUGUUAUUAUGUUUCAUGAGACAUUCUACCAGAAGGGAGAUGAUGGCACACCAUUUGUUCAAAUCCUACAAAAGAAAGGUAUUCUCCCAGGCAUCAAAGUUGAUAAAGGUGUUGUUCCAAUGGCAGGUACUGUUGGUGAAGGUACCACACAAGGCUUAGAUGAUUUGAAUAGUCGCUGCGCUCAGUACAAGAAGGAUGGUGCACAGUUUGCUAAGUGGCGCUGCGUUCAUAAAAUUGGUGCAACAACACCUAGUCAUAUGGCUCUGGUUGAAAUUGCUGAAGUAUUGGCCCGCUAUGCUUCAAUUUGCCAGCAGCAUGGUUUGGUACCAAUUGUAGAACCAGAAACUUUGCCCGAUGGUGAGCAUGAUCUUCAUCGAUGCCAAAAAGUCACGGAACUUGUCCUGUCAUAUACGUACAAGGCAUUGAUUGAUCACCAUGUUUACUUGGAGGGGACGUUGCUGAAACCGAAUAUGUGUAUGCCGGGGAUGCAAUUCAAGGGGCAAUGCUCACAUGAAGAUAUUGCACGAGCUACUGUUACUGCUCUUCAGCGUACGGUUCCAGUAGCUGUACCUGGUGUCGUCUUCCUUUCUGGCGGUCAAUCUGAGGAAGAUGCUACGCUUAAUUUGAAUGCGAUCAACCAGUUUCCAGGUAAAAAGCCGUGGGCUUUGACCUUCAGCUAUGGUCGGGCACUGCAAGCAUCAGCUCUGGCAGCUUGGGGUGGUAAGCCGGAGAACAUUCAAGCCGCCAAGGAAGCAUUCUUGAAACGUGCACAAGCAAAUUCGCUUGCACAAUUGGGUAAAUAUACCGGAGGUGCAGGUUCUGGUGCAGCAGCACAAAACCUCUAUGUUGCUAAUCAUGCAUACUAGAUAGUCCACUGUCCACUCUCCUACUGACCAUUUUUUCCUGUAUUAAUUAAAGGAGGGAUGAAAGGGAAAAUAUUUAUUUCGAUCUCUUACAUUGGUAAUUUAUGAAUUCUUGUAGUUUCGGUCGUGCCAUGAUUUAUUACUUGGUAAUUAACUCUUAGUUAAUUUUCAUCGGAGCGUUUUGAGUAGAGGUUGUCAAAGUUAGAUUUUGUGAUAUAUCAUUAAAUCAUCGAUGUGGCGGUACAUUUCUGCUGCUGACAAGUAUUCUGACAAGUAGCAAAAACUAGUAAGUUUAAUAAAUUGCAGUCUCUGUC